CUCAGCAUGUAACUGAGUUCACGAAGCCUUCUCUGAUCCCUCCUCUUAAUUGUCCUUCAAAGAACCGCUCUAUGGUUGAAUUUUCUCCUAAGAACAAUGAAGAUAGUAUAGCAUCCAACUCAUCGGGGUUUGAAAGAAUAUAAGAAGUUGGUAUAAGUCAAGUCCUUAGAUCAAUGAGUGGAACACUAGUGCAUCGUGUUCCUUGGGCUCGGGCAGCUGCAACCUGCGCGGGGCGCGCAAGAUGGGCGGCUUAGAUGAGGCAGUUUUGCGGUUUGGUUUGUAAAGGAGAAGCGGAGUAAUUUUCCAGGCGUCCAGGCAAAACGACUUCGAAGAUGGUUAGUGGAAGUUUACUUUCUUACUUCCCCAAACCCUCAAGAGGAAGUCGUCUGUUGAACAGACAUUAAAAUUUUAACCACCGUAUUUAGUUUGGAUCAUGAACAAUCAAAUGAAUGGGAGUGACUGUGGUUUUGGCAAGUCCAGAAACAUAUAGGUUACAUUUGAAGAUAAUCUACUAAACAUCAAGCUAUAGCAAAAAACAAUAAUUCAAGAGAUUCCAACAUAGAAAUGAACUCUUCAGAUCCUGAAAAUAACAACAGAAAGAAUCAAAAUGACUAUUUUAUUCUCCUGCCUCGAGAAAUUAAGAGGUACAUUUUCAGUCUGCUGGACUUUCCGAGUUUGUGUUCAGCUUCAAUGACAUGCUGCAACUGGAAUGAAAUAAUAAGCAGCACUGACUCCAUAUGGAAAGGACCUUACUUGACUUUACAAUCUGUGUGCCCAGAAGUAAAGAAAGAUGUAAAAAAGGGUUAUUCCCUGAGGGAAACAUUACGGAGGAAUUACCAGAAGAGUAAAGCGAAACAGGAAUGGCUAAGUGGCAAAUUCAGCAACAUAAGUUCUCCUGUUAACCUACCAGAAAAAAUCAUGUACCCGAUGGAUGCAGAUACAUGGGGGGACAUUCUAGAAGCUGAACUGGAAAGAAAAACAGAAAAAGCACAGAUUUUUAUAACUUUGAGUGUUAAAAGCUAUAAUGACUCUUAGGUUGCAAAACAUAUAUCUAUAUUUGUUCAUUUUUUUAUUCACUUUUAACAAUAUUUAACAUUUAAAUGAAAAGUAAAUAGAAAAUAUCAUCAAAGCAAAGCUUUGUUUUUAUUUUGCACUUUAGUAAAAAAUACUUUUCUGGUUUUCUAAUGUGGAAAAUCAUGAAAUGAUAUUUAUUUGCUAUACAGUACUACACUGUAGUAUUUCAUGUAUUUGUGAAUAUUGCAGCACUUAAAGGGUAAGAGUUUGAUUUUAUGCUUAGUGAAAAUUCAGAAAUUCAGGAAACCAUUUGAAGACACUGAACUAGAGAUUCAUCAAGUAAUAGACAUAACUAACUAUAAAUGAAAUGACUAGCAAUGUAUUUAUAUAAAUUUGUAUUUCAGUAACUUUAAAAUUUCCCUUUCAGUGGAAUCAAAUUGAAUUGUCAAACACUGAAACAAUUUUAAAAUGUGUUAAACUAGUGGUUUAAUGUAAAAUUAAUCUGACCAGAGGGCUAAAGCUUAACAUUAAGAUGCUCUUUACUCCCCUACAGACCUAGAAUUGUUCUCAGGGUGCUGAAGUUUUCAUAACACUGUCAUCAGAACUGCCAUACUACUACUAUUAUAAAACUGACUUUCUGACAGCCUUAUAGCACUUUCUAGUAUACUACUCAUAGAUAACCGAGACAAAGUACCUUCAGCUACUUUUUGUAUUCUCCAAACUUAAAGAUUAUUUUAGAGAACCCUCAAUAUCUGAUUUUGAUGCAACUUAUAGAUUUCCAGAUACCUUUAAUUUAGCUUUUGGUCACUUUUUCUUAAAAGUAGAUAAUGUGGUACUCAUUAUACCAAAUUGUUCAUUCUGAAUCUCUGGUCAGCACCAUAGUAAAGUUCCCUCAAAACGUUUAAUUAGUAUGGGAUUUUAUUCUUAAAUUGAUCUGUGUAGCACAAAAGAUUGUAUUUAACAAUCACAAAAUAACAGAAAGAUGUCCCACUCUAUAGAAAUUCCCUUUGUUCGAUCUAGCAGCCGCUAGUUGAUUGGCUCCUACUGUCCUAAAGUUGGAAAGGACUUUAAGUUCAAGCAGUCCAGGUAUGUUCUAUAGGUAUGUUAUCCCUCUCACCCACCAUUCUUUUCUUAGCAAACUCUUUUUUUGUUGUUAUUUUUAAUUUUUAUUUUUUGGCAAACUCUUUUGUAAAGCUCACUAUCUUGACCUGAAACCAUCCCUAAUUCUACCAUUUUUGAUAAGUGACCCUCAUAAGUUUCUCAUAGUUCUUUGUACAUGCCACUUUCAAAGCUGUCAUGCUACAUUCAGUUGUCUCUUAUUUAUCUCCCCCUUUAGACUGUGAGCUGCUUAAUAGCAGGGCCAUUUAUUUAUUUUUGUGUUCUCCAAACCCAUAAAGAUUUGUUAAAUUAUUUCUGUAGUAUUUAUUUUAAUCUUACCCAGAAUGUAUAUUAAAAAUGGAUUUCUGUAUUUUCUUGUCAGUGGACAAGGUUAUAUCAAAGUGCAAUAUGUAACCCAUAAUACUAAAUAUCAGAUACUUAAUAUUAAAGCUAAUAAAUGAAGAAAAUAGGAAAGUAGAAAUGUUUUAUUGUUUGCAUAAACACUUGAAAAUAAACUUAAGUGAAA